AUGGCCGUUUGGUUCUCACUGUUCUUCACAAUAGUUAUAUCAGUUCUUACUCAGGUUCUGGGAACAGGUGUGUUCGAGGUAGAGUUCCAUCAUUUUCAGAAUACUAAUGGUGCGCUCGCAAACGGACAGAGUUGUGGGAAAAGUGGCUGCAGGACUUAUUUCACAGUAUGUUUAAAGAACUACCAGACUGUAGUUUCCCCUGGUAGAUGUUUAUUCGGCAGAGCCACCACACCUGUUCUGGGUACGGACUCCUUCAGCAUCCAGCAGAACGCACGGAUGCGACUGCCGCUCAACUUCACUUGGCCUGGUGCUUUCUCCUUAAUAGUGGAAGCAUGGCACUCUCCUGUCACGGCGCUGCCUGGAGACACCACCAACCCUGAUUUCUUGAUAAGUUCUUUUACCAUCCAAAGAAAGUUGGGAAUAGGGAAUGAGUGGUCCCAGGAGGCGCCGAGCGGGACGCAGACCGAGCUAAGGUACUCAUACCGGUUCAUCUGCAAUGAAAAUUACUACGGGGACACUUGUUCCAAAAUAUGCACUCCAAGAGACGACCGUUUUGGCCACUACACCUGCAAACCCGAUGGGCAAAUAGCCUGUCGACCAGGAUGGAAGGGAGAAUACUGCCAAGAACCUGUGUGUCUGGAUGGCUGCAAUGAAAGAAAUGGAAACUGCACUGUUCCUGGAGAGUGCAGAUGUCGAGAGGGCUGGCAGGGGCUGUUCUGCGAUGUGUGUAAACUUCACCCAUCCUGCAAACAUGGUACCUGCACAGAGCCAUGGCAGUGCACCUGCAAAGAAGGCUGGGGCGGAAUCUUCUGCGAUCAGGACCUGAACUACUGCACCCAUCACAAACCUUGUGCAAACGGAGCCACUUGUAUGAACACUGGCCAAGGCAGCUACACCUGCACCUGCCUGCCAGGUUUCACUGGGGUCAACUGUGACGCCGAGGUCAGGCAGUGCGACACCAGCCCCUGCAAUAAUGGUGGCUACUGCCUGGACACUGAGGAAGGCUACAGGUGUGAGUGUCCACUGGGAUAUGAAGGGACACACUGUGAACACAAGAAGCUGACAUGUGCAGAUAAGCCCUGCUUUCACAGGGGCAAGUGCAAUGAGCAGAACAACGGCCACAGUUAUACAUGCGAGUGUCCAGCAGGCUACACUGGACUCAACUGUGAGAAGAAGAUGGACAGAUGCACUUCACUGGAAUGUGCAAAUGGUGGUCAUUGUGUGAACCUCGGUAACCACGGAGUGUGCAGCUGUCGCUCAGGCUUUACGGGGCAACGCUGCGAAAUCAACAUUAAUGAGUGUGCCAGUAACCCCUGUGCUAAUGGCUCCACCUGCAUAGACCGCAUCAAUGACUACACAUGCACCUGCCCCCCGGGGUUCAGCGGCCGCCGCUGUGACAGGCCCAUGGAGCUCUGUGGGGCACAGCCCUGUCUCAAUGGUGGGACCUGCAGCGGAGCCAAAGGCCAGCACACAUGCAUCUGUCCCACUGGUUACAGCGGCCCACUCUGCCAGACCCUGGAGCCCGAUGGCAGCCAGCACAAUCAGAAAGACUGGCUCUACGGGGACAAAGUCACUUUUGCUGCUGUCGGUGUGGGAAUAGGAUUAGUAAUCCUAGCUGUGUUUUUCUGUAUGAUAUUCAUGGGACUUCGUCAUAUUAAAAAACAAAGAAAUAAGAAUCACAAGUCAGAGACAAUCAACAAUCUGUCAAAGAUGGACCAUCAGAAAGAGAACCUCAUUUCUACUGUGGAGCUUAAGAACACUAAUAAAACCAUGGAGCAGGAGGUGGACAGCACCACAGACAAGUCUAAUCACAAACGCAUCAAUCACUACCACCCGGAUUAUAAAAUUUCCAUGGGGUACAAGGACGAAGUGUCCUGUCUGGACAAAGAAGAAAACUGUGAAAAGACAUUAGAAGACAAGCAUCAUUUUAGAAAAAUGUACAGGGAAAGGCCUGAGUGUCGAAUAUCAUCAAUAUGUUCUUCCAGGGACUCAGUGUACCAGUCUGUCUUUGUAAGAGCAGAAGGAAAAAAUGAAUGCAUUAUUGCAACUGAGGUAUAA